UCGCACGGGCUCUGUACUAGUUCAUUUAUAUACACAUGUUUAUUCAACAAUGAAAGAAUUGACACAAUUCAUGUUCACACUCCCGACCGAGUAAUAACUAAUAAGUCAUCAAGAGCGCCCGACGCUCGAGAUAUUUGCCCCCCAAACUUUGAAAAUCGGUAGCAGCAGAAAACGACAAAAUCAAUGGAAAUCCAAACCUCCGCCGCCAUGAAGCGAGCCUUCCUCAUCACCAACGCCGUCCUCCUCGCCGUCGGCAUCAGCGGCGGCCCCCUCAUCAUGCGCCUCUACUUCCUCCGCGGCGGCACCCGCGUCUGGUUCUCCAGCUGGCUCGAGACCGGCGGCUGGCCCGUCACCCUCCUCCCCCUCGCUGCCUCCUACUCCCUCCGCCGACGCGCCGACGCGGCGGCGCGUCCCAUCCUGAUGGGCCCGCGCGUGUUCCUCGCUGCGGCCACGAUCGGGGUCCUGACGGGGCUGGACGACUACCUGUACGCCUACGGCGUGGCCAAGCUCCCCGUGUCCACGUCAUCCCUCAUCAUCGCGACCCAGCUGGCGUUCACGGCGGUGUUUGCGUUCGUCCUCGUCCGGCAGCGCUUCACGGCGUACUCGGUGAACUCGGUGGUGCUGCUGACGCUUGGGGCGGUGGUGCUGGGCCUGCACACGAGCGGGGACCGGCCGGCCGGGGUGACGGGGAAGGAGUACUGGACCGGGUUCGUCAUGACGGUGGCGGCGGCGGCGCUGUACGGGUUCGUGCUGCCGCUGAUUGAGCUUACGUACAAGAAGGCCAGGCAGGCGGUGACAUUCACGCUCGCGCUUGAGAUCCAGCUCGUCAUGUGCUUUUUCGCCACGGCGUUUUGCACGGUGGGGAUGAUUGCCAACGGCGAUUUUCAGGCAAUAGGUGGAGAAGCAAAAGCAUACCAACUUGGGGAGACAAAAUACUAUGUGGUGGUGAUUUCUAGUGCCCUAGUAUGGCAAUGCUUUUUCUUGGGAGCCAUUGGUGUGAUUUUCUACUCGUCUUCCCUAUUAUCCGGCGUAAUUAUGGCCGUCUUUCUCCCGGUAACCGAAGUUUUAGCCGUUUUUUUCUACAACGAGAAGUUCAAAUCCGAGAAGGGCAUCUCUCUCUUUCUCUCUCUAUGGGGAUUUAUGUCGUACCUUUACGGCGACAUUAAAAAAACCAAAAACGAAAAUAAUAACAUUAGCAGCAACAAUAAUGUUCACAACGAGAAUCAUAAUAACACGAUCAACGGUCACAAAGAUCUGACACAAGGAGAGACCCAAUUAGCCCUUCAAAUUAACACUGCCUCUUGAUUAAUUUUAAGUUCUGUUGGUUUUUUUUUUUAACAAAAAAGAAAACAUUGUGAUAUAAUGCCAAUAUUUGGUAUGCGCUACAUAUAUCUUGUAUAAUUAUAAUUUGUGUUUCUGGUUUUGUUUGGCUGGCAAAAGAUGUCAUUGCAGCAGUGUUUGUUAUAUCCCGUGGUUCUUGUUAUUCAAGGGACAACCUUUGUGUGUGAAACAAACGUAUAUGCAAUUACUAUAUGUAUUUGUGGAGCAAUCAUUUCAUCUCUUUGAGUCUUUGUGGUGUGUGUUUUUCAAUAUUCAAUUAUUGCCAAAGAUUCAAUUUUCC